UCAAUAAACACAAAGGAAUAAUGGCUUUCAAGUGUUGUGUUGAACAAAGGAUGGGGAAAUUUGCAUUCUUCUUCAUAUAUGCUCUUCUUGAAUGGGUGAUGAUCCUUUUGCUUUUCAUUGAGGGGUUUCUUGCUUUUUUCUCUAAUAAAUUUGCCAAGUUGUGUGACUUGAAAAUCCCUUGCUUGCUUUGCAUGAGGAUCGAUCACAUUCUCGUUCAUAGGGAUGCAAACUUUUAUUACAAUGACUCUAUAUGUGAAGUUCACAAGAAGGAUAUAUCUUCCCUUGCUUAUUGCCAUGUCCACAAGAAGCUCUCUGAUAUAAAGAACAUGUGUGAGGGAUGCCUUCUAUCAUUUGCAACAGAGAAAGAUGCUGAUUGUGAUAGGUACAAGUCACUAGUUGGGAUUCUGCACAAGGAUAUUGAUUGCUUUGUGGAGGAUGCACUUCACAUGAAGAAGGAGGAUCAUGAGGUUAUGCUCCAAACAACAACUUCUUUUGUUGGGUGUUCUUGUUGUGGGGAGCCUCUCAAAAUAAGAUCAAAGUCAAAUCCUUCUUCUCAAGCUCCUUGGAGAAAUGAGGACUACACACAGCUCAAGUUCAUCUCCGAUAAUGAUUUGGACGAUGGAGCAGGUAGAGAGGAUAAUAUUAAAGGUGCUAAUUCAGAGGAAAUAAAUGAUGAUGCCUUGAAAACUGCAAAUUUUACAAGAAAUAAGUUCUUUGGUAUCCCAUUGUCAGAUUCAUGUCAAGCUAGUCCAAGAUGGUCACACAGGCCUAGAAAAUUGAGUAUGGAAUUGAUUUCAGAGAGUAAUGAUGUAGUGAAUGAAUCAGAUAAUGACAUCCUACAUCGGUUGAAGAGGCAAGUCCAUUUGGACCACAAGUCUGUCAUUGCACUUUACAUGGAGCUUGAUGAGGAAAGAAGUGCGGCUGCUGUUGCAGCAAACAAUGCGAUGGCCAUGAUCACUCGGUUACAAGCAGAGAAGGCUGCUGUCCAAAUGGAGGCAUUACAGUAUCAGAGAAUGAUGGAAGAGCAGGCAGAAUAUGAUCAAGAGGCUUUGCAAGUGAUGAAAGAUUUGCUUUUGAAAAGAGAAGAAGACAUAAAGGUGAUGGAAGUUGUUGUUGAGACAUAUAGGGAAAGAUAUGGAGAUAUGAAGAGAGUAGGAAGUGAGGUGUGUGAAGUUGAUGAAGAGUGGAAUUCUCAUUCUUUUUCAUCCCUUAGUGAAAGAUCAACUUGUGUCAGUCCUGAUGAAGGAGAACAACAUAGAUUAGGCACUUUCGAAUAUGAUUUUGAGCAUGAGAGAUGUUACCUCAUGGGUUUAUUGGCCAAGCUUGAAGACAAAAUUACAACAUCUAAGGAUGAAGGAUUUUAUGAAUCUGAAGGAAAAAGAUACUGUGAAAAUAAGGUGACUCUUAGAAGAGAAGUUUCAGUAAUUAGAGAGAGGUUGAGUGCCAUCGAAGCAGAGAGCAUGUUUUUAAAACAUGCUACUAUGACAUUACAGAGGGAUGAUGAAGGAAUCAAACUCUUGACAGAGAUAGCUCAACAUCUACGGAGGCUUAGGCAAUCGAAGGAUGGAAGUGCAUGACAUCACUUUUCAUCAAAUAUGGAUGUGCUGUUGUUCCCGUAGAAGGAAGUCCAAGCCUUUGACAUAUUAUGGCCUUGAGGUCUUGUGAUCUCUUGCAGAUGAGAAAGGCAAGGAACCAGGCAACUUUUGGUAUAAUGGAGCAAGCUUUCGCACAAUUAACUAAAUACUAUAUAAUUGAGUUGGACACAAGGCAAAGAAGUCA